UUAGAAAUUUCUUACACGGUUUUGUACUCAUACUCAAAGUUGUUGGUUCCAACUACUUAGUCUAAAUAUAGGAUAUGAGUAAACGAAAAAACGAGGAAAGUGAAAUUGUAAUUUAUUCCAGUCCUGUCAAGCAGCAGUGCGUUGCGAAUGAUGUUCGUGAAACGGAGAAAAUUUUACGCGAGUUAUCAUUGUUGUUUCCGGAAGAAAAAUUCCUCAAACGAGUUCCCCGUGUUGUUAUGAAGCACAUGAUCUACAGUCGGAUUUCAAAUCGAACGGUGGUUGACAAGGAAAUUGAUGAGUUAACUCAAAAUGGAGUCAUUAGACUAUUCAAACUGGGAAGCGAAGAAGAAUCUCUAGCUGUUUUGUUUAUGGACCAAUACAAAGAAAUUAUUAACAGGAAAUGUUCAGACUUGUCAUUAGCAAAGAAAUUUAUCAGCAAGAUUCUUGACAGAAUCAAAGAAACUACUUUAGAAAAAGAAGCUCUUAUCAGGACUGAUUUCAGUGAAGAAAAUAUUAAAACUUUGAUCCAUGAUUGCCUUUUAACUGUGAGAACCGCUAACACAUAUUGGUUCUGCUUCCCGGGAGCUGGAGAAUUCAUGAAAACGUAUGUUAAAGGACGGCAAAGUAUACUAGGAAUGGUGAAAAAAUCUAAGUACAAGCAAAUCUUGCAGAACGAAUUAGAACUUCGGAACAUGAAAAAAACUGUUCCGCUAGGUGUGUGUUAUCACGUCCAUGAUAUAAUUGGAGCUGACCUAGUUACUUGCGUCAACACAACCUCUGGUAAUUUGUUGCGUUUCGCAAACUGAGAAGAAAAAUCAUCUUUUAUAAAAGUGCUCAAGCUGUUUUCUAUUGGUGUGAAUCUUGUGAAUUUCACAGGGAAAAAAAAUUUUUUUUUCGGAAAUACUCUUUUUUCAUAAUCUUUUCGUAUAUUGGGCAAAAUAUUUUUUCCUAUUUAAUAUUUAUUAUCUGCCCAGCUGACGUUCAGCUUUUUUUCGUGCCCCACUCUUUAUCAUAUUCCGCGUCAUUUGUUUCAUGGUUCCAUAUUCCAAAGUCCAUAUUACACAAUUUACUCAAUCGCCGAUUUUCAAACAGUUUUUCUAUUCAGACGCAUGUUAAGACGUUAGAUCAUGCUUAGACGUUAUUAAACGUGUAGACUGUAGAACGUAGACUACGGUUUUCCCAGUAAUAACUUUUAAAUGCUUUACAGCUCACUUUGAAUACUGAAACGAUCAAACUACCUUGACGACAGUUCAUCUAAUUUCAAAUUUUUUUUACUAUUAUUUGUAUGCAAAUUUUCUUUUUCUCAUUUACAAUGGGCAACAACAAACAUGAUCAGCUGUUUCUUGAAAUAUUAAAAGAAGAUCGUAGUAUAGUCACAUUCCUUGAUUCUGUCUUUGGAUUUCUUUACAGAUGUACUGAUUUUUAUCAGCAUCAGAAUGACUCUCAGAAAAUAGGCUUUCCUGCCGGAGUGGCUAAUGAAGUUGUACAAAAAAUGUUUCUACGCUAUGAAAAGCAAACUCAAUAUGAGAAACAAGCAGCCAUUCUAGGAAAUAUAGCUUCUUCCGACAGUAAUAUUCCUUCAGCCUGCCAAGAGGUUGUGGUGAGUGAUAAUGCUGACAUGGAUGUCCAAAGCACAGUUGAAUCAAAACGUGAAGGGGCAAUAAUAGAGGGGCAGACUCCAAAAAGUGAAGAAAAAGAUUGUAGUGAAAUUUAUAACGGAGAUGAUCGAGGAAACUACAGAUGGAGUCAGACUAUUCGCGACAUUGACGUUUUCAUUCCAGUUAAAAAAGACAUUCGAAAAGCGAAACAAUUAAAGGUGAAAAUCGACUCCCUCCAUCUUAAAGUAGAAACUCUGCAACCGAAUGGAAGUUGCAUAUUAGUUGAUCACACAUUUCCUCAUAAAGUUAAGCCUGAUGAGUGCCUAUGGAGCUUAGUAGGAGAGCAUGUUCAAGUUAAUCUAGAAAAGAAAGAGGAGCAAUGGUGGGACAGAUUAUUUUCCUCUGAUCCUCCAAUUGAUACAAAAAAAAUUGAUACUGUAGUAAUGGCCAGUGAACUAAGUCAAGAGGAGCACAUGAAAAUUGAAGAACUGAUGGUUAACCAGGAAAAGAGACAGCAAUUUUCAAGUGCAAUUUGACAAUUUUUUUCCGCUUGGUGAUACGACGAAUAACACAUUUGUGUUAAUAAAUGGAGCUUCCAUGGAGCGGACCUCAAACUUGGAAUCAUGGCAGUUUCCCGCCUUACGGAAAAAAAAUGAUAAACAUUUCUGUAUGCCUAUAUUAAUGAAUCAAAUAUCAUUUACUCAGCUGGAGUGGUGGUUUCUGUGAAAUAAACAUGAUCUUAAUCACGAUUCAGUGAUGCAUACCCCAUA